AUGCGCUUCACCUCCUUCCUGCUCAACGCGGCCCUUGCCGCCGCCGCAGCUCUUCCCUCCAUCGACAUCGACAUCGCUAAGCGCCAGGCCCCCGGCGCUCCCACCAAGCUCCUCGUCGGCGUGCCCAACUCCGUGCUCCUCGUCGACUUUGACGGCAUCUCCUUCAACAUCGUCGCCAACGCUACCGAGGCUGGCACGAACCCGAGCUGGUUGGCUUUCCGCGAGCCGAAUCUGCUCUAUGCUGUUGACGAGUUUAACGCUGUGACCAAGCUCUUUGUGCUUGGCCGAGACUCUAAUACCCUUCAGCCCGUCCAGAAUGCUGCUGGAUCUGCUGGUGUUGUCCACCUCGAGUUCAACCUAGACAAGACGAGACUUGUCGGCACCUCCUUCGGCGCCGGAACAAUUGACAUCUGGGACAUCACCGACGGCACCCUCCGCCUCCUCAAGCAAAUUGCCUCCGACGACCCUCUCGGCCCCAAUGCCAACCGUCAAGAGGCCCCCCACCCCCACCAAUCCGUCCUCGACCCCUCCGGCCGGUUCUUCGUCGUCAAUGACCUCGGGACCGACACCCUUCUCGUCAUCGACUCCCAGAACGAUCAAUUUGAGGUCGUCAACCGCGUGCGCGUCGCCCCCGACGGUUGCGGCCCUCGCCACGGAGCUUUCUUCCCUCGCGGAGCUCAGGCUGCCACGCACUACAUCCUGCUCUGCGAGCUUCUCAACAUCGUAGAGGUGUUCCAGGUCACUUACGUCGAGAACUCCAUCCAGUUCGUGCCUACACAGGUCCUCAGCUCCUUCGGCCAGGAUCUGCCCCCCGCCAACGCCACCACCUCCACAGCGGGCGAGAUUAUCGUCUCCUCCGACAACAGGGACGUCUACGUAUCCAACCGCAACACGGGCAACCAGACCGACACCAUCACACACUUCAGGGUAAACGUCCCCACCGUAGAAGGCGGCCCUAUCUCCCUCGAUUUCAGCGAGAGCAUCUCCUCCGGCGGCACCGUCCCGCGCAUGUUCUCGCUCUCGGGCGACGAGAACCUCUUGUUCUCCACGAACCAGAACGACGGCUUCGGGCUCAUCGCGCUUGCGAGGAACGGGAAUAAUCUUGCCGUGCAGGGCGCUGGUGAUGUUGCUGCCUCGGCGGACUUUAAUGCUGCUGUUGAGGCGGCGGGGACUUUGGUUUCUUCGCCUGUUGCGGCGCUGGGUGUCGAUGCCUUUGGGGGGCCGAAUGCUGGACCGCAGUUUGCUAUGCAGAUUUAG